AUGUUAUCUACAUCUGCAUCGUCAGUUUCAUAUAGACAAAAAGGAAAGCUGCCUUCCGCUAAUAGCAAACUCUAUAAAGGAUUUGUUCAUGAUGCCACUAGCAAAUUGUCGGUCGGAUCAAUACCUGCAAAAUUGGAACUCAUAAUAUAUAGAGAUCAAAGCACGAAAGCAUUUGGAUCCAGUGAACCAAGAUUUAAAUAAUAAUUACCUGAUAAUCCAGGGCCUUAAGAAUACGAUUCUAGUUUAUAUUAGUUCGGUAAAGUACAAUCAGAAUCCAUUUCCAAUAAAGGCACUGGAGGAUUAGCUUGUUCUUAAGAGAGAAAUGUAUUUGCCCCUAAAUAUGUCAAUUCAGGACCUGGACCUGGAUAAUAUAACUCAAAUCAUAGCUUUAAUUCUUCAUAAUCAACUAACAACCCUUCAUUUUUUAUGAGAUAAUAAUAAUAAAAGAGCGUUGAAAAGGUUGAAGUGAUCAACCCUGGACCAGGAGAAUAUGAUAUGCCACAACCAAAGAAGUCGAACGUAGUUAAAUAUGUGUUCUCAUCUAAAACAUUAAGAGGCUAAUUCUAGAAUAAGCCAGAUAAUCCUCCUCCUGGUUAAUAUGAAGUCUAGAAUUAAUUAUCAAAGCCUGAGCACAAAGGACCUACAUCAAGUUUUUACCCUGAUGGAGCUUAAUUACGAGAGAUAACACCAUAAUAACAAAUUGUAGCUAUGAUGCUGAAUGAUAAAGAUAAAUAGAAUGAUAGAUUAUUGCCAGGACCUGGUGAUUAUGAAGUUAAGUUCCCAGUUUUUGAUCCAGAUUAUAUAGUAAAGAAAGAAUUGUCUUCUUUUGCAAUUCAACCUGGAAAAGAUCGCUUCGGAAAAUAAGAAAGAGAAUAAGAUCCAGAAAAAAUUGGGCCAGGAUCUUAUUAAUUACCAAGCAAAUUUGAUGAAAUAGCAAAAGACAAAUUAUUAGUGUCAGGUAAUGUGUUCAUGUCGGAGAGUUUAAGAUAACCAUAUGGUGAUUUUGAGAAGAAAUUAGGGCCAAAUCCCAAGAGUCCUUAUAUAUUGCCAAAGAAAAAGAAUUUUCACUUCAAUCUUUAAAGAAAGUGGGUGUGA